UCUAAAUUAGUAAUCUCCAAAAGCAAUGGAAAGAAAAGUAGAGACAAUAUCUCAAGAUUUGAUCAAACCAAUUGUUCCUCAAACUUGUGAAUCCUACAAUUUAUCAGCUCUAGAUCAACUUGUUGAUUUUUAUCCCUUUGCUGGAAGAUUAAUUAAUGAUAACACUUCAAUCAGUUGCAAUUCCAAAGAUGAUGAUUUUGGAGUAGUGUUCAUUGAAGCUUUUGCACAUAACUACAAUCUCCAAGACAUCCUCUCAAAUUCUGAUCAAACAAUAAAGAUAGCAAAUCACUUCCUCCCAAAGCUCGAGGAUAAUUCACCUGCUUCCACCACUAUUGUUUUGCUUGUUCAACUCACAUUCUUAGAAUGUGGAGGCAUGAUUCUUGGUUGCUCCUCUUCUCACAAGCUCGAGGACGUGGCGUCCUUUGGCGCUUUCGUCAAAUGUUGGGCAAAGGCAACAAUGUUGGCUCUAGGAAAUAAGUCAUGUUCUCUGUUCAGCCUGAUUUUAUAG